AUGCUGGCAUUAUCUCUGAGAACCGUUCCCAAGAACGACUAUCCAGGAGAUGAUGAGAAAUUCAUCAGCUCAGCCUGCGCAUAUGUGGAUAGGCAUCUGUACAUAUUAUCAAUUGAUAUAGGACUCCAGAUUGUUCUGGGGAUAGCCCUGUAUUUCAUGACGACAUCAAAUCUCCAACGGGCCGGGUUUAUGCACGCCAUAGCUGUCAAUCCGGUCUACAGAUUGGAAUACCAUAAACUGUUUGGGGAGACCGUCAAACAUGUCUGGAUAGCGUACAUCAUCGACCGAGAUCUGUCGCUACUCACAGGCGAGCCAUACCUGAUGCAAGAGAAUUAUAUUGAUCCUUCUGCUGAGGAUCUUGCUGAGGAAGGCGAAGGUACUCUAUACGACUAUAAGGAUGAGUGCCGCUUUGAGAUCUUCAGGUUUCGCACUCGACUAGCGACUAUCCAAGGCAAGAUAUUUGACCUGGUCUAA